AUUCCAGGAAAGAUAUGGAGGAGAUCUGGUCGGAUCAUGCUUUCCACGAGGUGGGAUUUGGGUGGCGCUCUAUAAUAUUUCCCUUCCAUCCUUUCCCAGGGGAUCAGUCAUAUAAAAAACAUCCUUGAAGCCAUCCCCACACCACCUCCUCAUAUUCCAUCCCUCCCUCUUUUUCCUCCAUCUUCUUCUUCUUCUUCUUCUUCUUAUUCUUGAGAGUAGUCAGCCACCAUGGCUGUUGUUGCUACGGAGACUCAGUACCGUGUCUUAGCUGUGGAUGACAACCUUCUUGACAGAAAGUUGAUUGAGAGGCUCCUCAAGACCUCAUCAUACCAAGUUACUACAGUGGAUUCUGGGAGCAAAGCUUUGCAAUUCCUGGGUCUGCAGGAUGAUCAGAGCAAUUCACCUCCUGUUUCUUCUGACCAGCAUGUUAUAAAUUUGGUUAUCACAGACUACUGCAUGCCUGAAAUGACAGGCUAUGAUCUUCUCAAGAGAAUUAAGGAGUCAUCUUCUCUGAAAGACAUCCCAGUUGUAAUCAUGUCAUCUGAGAAUGUGCCUUCCAGGAUCAACAGAUGCUUGGAAGAAGGAGCAGAAGAAUUCUUUCUGAAGCCAGUACAGCUCUCAGACAUGAAAAGGCUCAAACCCCAUAUACUCAAGGGGAAAUAUAAAGAGCAGCAACAGCAGGAGGUGCUGCAGAACAACAACAACACCAGCAGCAAUAAUAACAGCAACAAAAGAAAAGCUAUGGAUGAUGAAACUUCACGGGAGAUGACAAGACCAAGAUUAACGAGCAGCCUGACAGUCCUGUGAUUUCUCAUAUUAAUUUUCUUUUCGUAUUUUUAUUUUUUUGAGGAGAUCCUUUAAAAGUUCUACUUUCUCCACUAUUUUUCUGCUUGAUCUAAGAUUAUAGGAUUUGCUUAAGAAGAAUUAGAUUAGAGGGAAAAUACUCACAUGUAAUGGAUGCUAAUUUUGUCUUGCUUAGAAAUCAGAACUGCCAAUAACUUGGAGAUGCAAAUAAUGGCAAAGCAGAAUGAUGGAAAGUUGUAAUGGAAGGGUGGAUAUUGGAAGGAGUGGAUGCCUUGUAUGAAAGUUACUUAUGUCAUCUUGAUAAUGAGAGAAACUGUUUGUUCUCAGAAGGAUAACAAGAAAA